AUGCUCUUCUUUUGUGCCGUCAUAUGGUUGUGGUCAUGGACAGUUGUGGCGAGUGCGAUUCCGCCCCGCUGGCGGGCGAGCGAACGAGCAAUAUCUCGGCGAACCUUUGAAUCCCUCGAAGAACUUGCUCGGAUCGUGGACAUAUCCUACUGCGUCGGCACCACAGGCAUCCAGAAGCCCUUUAAGUGUCUCAGCCGAUGCAGCGACUUCGAAGGGUUUGAACUCGUCACUACGUGGAAUACUGGGCCGCUGCUCUCUGAUUCAUGCGGCUACGUCGCCGUGUCGCAUCCUCCGUUUGCGAAACGCGUCAUUGUUGCCUUCCGUGGAACCUACUCCAUUGCGAAUACGAUUGCCGAUCUGUCCACGAACCCUGCCGAAUACGCCCCUUUUCCUUCCGACAGCGACAACGAUUCCGUCUGCACGUCUGUCGAGCCGUACAAUGACAAGCGCCCUGUGUUGCCGCAGUUAGUCUCACAACUGGGAAAGAGAAGUAAUCUGGAAGUCGAGUGUCCGAACUGUACGGUCCACGCUGGCUUCAUGACAUCCUGGCAGAACACUCGAUGCACCAUCGUGCCACAUGUGGAAAAGGCGCUGAACGAGAAUCCAGACUACGAACUGGUCUUGGUUGGUCAUUCUCUGGGAGGUGCCGUGGCUGCUCUGGCUGCUCUGGAAUUCCAAGCUCGGGGUUGGACUCCUCACGUUACAACGUUUGGGGAGCCUCGGAUCGGCAACCUGGCUCUGAAUCGGUUCAUCGACAAACGGUUCAAGCUGAAUACGACCGAUCCCGAAGAAUCACUAUACCGCCGAGUCACGCAUGUCGAUGAUCCUGUUCCGCUGUUACCGUUGGAAGAAUGGGGAUACCGAAUGCAUGGUGGAGAGAUAUACAUCUCAAAGCCCUCACUACCGGCAGCCCCAGCCGAUCUCCGGCAUUGUUCCGGCGACGAGGAUCCCGCGUGUAUCGCCGGAAGCGUUUCUACCGAUCAAGUCCGUGACGACCUUGGCGAAGGGAACCCCAGAAAUCUCGAUGUCAAGGCUCUUUGGGAACUCGGCCGACGUUAUAAGCUGUGGGAGCUUUUCUUUGCACAUCGGGACUAUUUUUGGAGGCUGGGGCUUUGCGUUCCAGGAGGAGAUCCGUGGGAUUGGUCUAGAGGCAAAUAUAAUGAGAGCUUGAAUGAUGAACUCUAG